UUGGCGGCAACCGUAAAAGGCACGACCGACUCUCUCCUUCAAUUGGUGAAAUUGCUGUCUGUUAUCUUUUCUUUUUGCCUACUCUUCCUAUUCCUCCGAUCGGUAAUCAAGAGACGGCCAAUGAAACGCUCAAUCAGCGAGGGCGAUUUGUCCUCCUCGUCGAAGAAGUCGAAGCACCGUGAAUCUGAAGAUCUCGAGUCCGAUUUGGCUCCACCGCCCAUCAGAUGCUCAAUCAGCGAUGGGAGGAGACGGACACAGACCAUGACGCUGAAUAUCCAAUCGAUGUUGUUAAUUUGGAAUCGGCUAUGGUGAAUCCUCCUCCGAAUAUCUCCCCUGCUGUGCGAGUUUUCAAGCUCAACCUCGUCAUUAAUAAACCUGACCCCAAAGUUUACUUGGACGAGGCUUGGAAGUUUCUAAAGCCCAGCGCUCACAUGAAGAGGACACUGACCAUUUCAGCUUCGCUAAGAUUUCGAGAAUAAAGUAGGAGAAGCCCUUUUCAAACUGAUUGUAGAGGAAUGUGGGGCAUAUAUAUUUCCACAACCCUGGAGUCUUUGGCAGUGCAUUGCAAUGAUGAUGAUGAUGAUGAUCCCUCUCUUCUCUUGCUUCCCUUGGAGAAAUUUUGCCUGGAGUACGGUGAGAAAUUUAAGCUCAUCUGUAGCAUUGGUGGGGUUCAAGGUCGGAUAAAAUUUCUUGAAAGAAAAGUGUGGGAUUUGGGUUUUGAGCUUUUACCCACAAAGCUCUUCUUGGCCUCUCAAGUUCGUGACAAGGUUCGAACCAGCGUUCUACUUCUCAUUACGGAUCAGAGACUAGGCAAGUCUGUUAACCUGAGUCUGCUAAAGAAUCUUAUGCUUAUGCUUAAUGGGUCGGUUUCCCGCGAAUUGCGCUUCUUGGAGAAGCCUUUUCUUGACUCCACUGCUGAGUUUUACGCCGCAGAAGCAAAACAAGUCCUGGAACAGUCUUCUGACCUUCCCCACUACUUGAAACAUAUCGAUCAAAGGGUUGGUGAGGAGAAGAAAAAAUGCAAAAGCCUCCUCCCCCUUUUCUCUCGACUCCAGGAUGAGCUGCUCCAAGUUUUGUCAACAGGGAACUCCUGGGGGUUCAUGCUUGUGCCAUUCUUGAAAAGGGUUUUGAGAAGCUAAUGGAUGAGAGACCCUGGGAGGCCCUUCGUAUGAUGUAUGAUCUGUUCUGCCAGGCGGAUUUAGUGUGUCAUAUCAACAAUGCACUGAGCUCCUACAUUUGUCAAACUGGAGAGAAGAUUUUAAAGGAAGAAGGCUCAUCAUUGACUGAGUUCAAGGCUCACGUUGAUAAGAUAUGUUUUACUUACUUUUCCGAAGAUCCUUUGUUGGAGAAGACUGCCCAAAAGUGUUUUGAAGGUCUUGGAAUGUCUGUCGUUCCCACCGAGGAGAUGUUAGAAUUAGGAAGCUCAGGGCCUUUUCCGACAAGUCAUUGGUGUUUUUAACAAGGCUAGGGUGUCUUUAUUAUGUCUCACUUCCUACUAGUCGCGUUAAGUUACGUCGGUUGGUACAAAUGAUCUAAUGCUAGGUCUGGGUUGAGUUGAAAUGUAGGUCUAGCGAUAUAUCAAAACAAUCUUGCGAAGAAUGGUAGGAAUGGUACGAACCAAAUCGAAUAAUGUAUUGUAUGUGAGCUA